AUGCCGCCGAAGAAGCAGGCGGCGCCCGAGGUUCCGCAGGAGCCGCCGAAGCCGCUGGAGGGAAAGUUCCACUACCCGUCCGGCGCGACGUACGAGGGGGAGUACAUGCACAGGCUCAAGGAGGGGGAGACCGCGGUGCCAGAGGGCGAGACGCGGCCGCGGUACCGGCACGGGAAGGGCACAUUCAUCGAAGGAGACUACAAGUACGAGGGGAACUGGGAGGACGACAAGAUGUGCGGGAAGGGGAGCUUCGUGUUUGCGUCAGGGGCGCGGUACGACGGGGAGUUCAAGGACAACAAGUACCACGGGACGGGGACGUACAAGUGGUCGGACGGGCGGCAGUACGAGGGGGGCUGGGAGGAGGGGAAGAUGCAUGGGAAGGGCGUGUACCUCGACCGCGAGGGCCACCGGUGGGAGGGCCAGUUCUUCAACGGCGCAGGUCCAGGGCUGACGCAGCUCCUCGAACAGUGA